CGUCGUCGUUGCCGUGGUCGUCGUCGGCCAUUGUGUGAGGGAGCGUCGGUCGGAGGCCGGGCUUCGCCCCGCCAUCAUCUCGCCCCGCAGCCUCCGGGACGACAUGGGUGACCUGGUGGCCGUGUGGGAAGUGGCCCUGAGCGACGGCGUCCACAAGAUUGAAUUCGAACACGGGACCACGUCCGGGAAGCGCGUCGUCUACGUCGACGGGAAGGAGGCGAUCCGGCGGGACUGGCUGUUCAAGCUGGUGGGCAAGGAGACCUUCCGAGUGGGCGCGGCCCAGGCGAAGGCGUCCAUCAGCAUCGACGCCGUCGGCGGCUUCGCCUACGAGUACACGCUGGAGAUCGACGGCAAGACCCUCAAGCAGCACCGGGAGAACCGCUCCCGGACGACGCACACCUGGCUGCUCCACCUGGACGGCCUGGACCGGAGGGUGGUGCUCGAGAAGGACACCAUGGACGUGUGGUGUAACGGGCAGAAAAUGGAGACGGCGGGCGAGUUCGUGGACGACGGGACGGAGACCCACUUCAGCCUGGGCGGCCAUGACUGCUACAUCAAGGCGGUGAGCAGCGGGAAGCGCAGAGAGGGCAUCGUCCACACGCUCGUCGUCGGCGAGCGCCAGAUCCCCGAGGCCCUCGAGUGACCCCGAGACCCCCGGCCCAAGGACGGAGGCCCCGCCGACCCCGCGGUGACCGCGUGGCCCACCCUGGGGUGGCCCGGGGCGCACCCUGGGGUGACGCCACGGUGCCCCCCACCCCGGGAAGCCCACCCCGUCCGCGGGGGUCGGCCCGCAAAGAGUAGUCGUCACCCCAGCUGGCCCCGUGACCCCAAUAAAGCCGGGUUGGCCAGGCCUCUGGGAGCUUCUUCUCUUAACAGUGGCAUUUAUGAAGCGCUUACUACGUGCCAAGCACUGCUGCAAGCGCUGGGGGAGAUCCGAGCUCAUCGGGUUGCCCUGUCCGAAUCCCCGUUGGACAGAUGAGGUGACUGAGGCCCUGUGACCCCAAUAAAGCCGGCUUGGCCAGGCCUCUUGGAGCUUCUUAAUAGUGGCAUUUAUUAAGCGCUUACUACGUGCCAAGCACUGCUGCAAGCGCUGGGGGAGAUCCGAGCUCAUCGGGUUGUCCCGUCCGAAUCCCCGUUGGACAGGUGAGGUGACUGAGGCCCUGUGACCCCAAUAAAGCCGGCUUGGCCAGGCCUCUGGGAGCUUCUUGUCUUAAAAGUGGCAUUUAUUAAGCACUUACUACGUGCCAAGCACUGCCGCAAGCUGUGGGGGAGAUCCGAGCUCAUCAGGUUGCCCCGUCGGACAGAU